CGAUCGUUGAAAACCAAGCCUUCCCGUUCGACCUUCAGGCCUCACCGUCCUCUCUUUAUAAACCACUUGUACUCUAAUCGUUAUCCAACAAAUCUGGGUGUCCUUUUUCCCCUAAUUCUUGAUCACAAACCCUAGGAUAAAUCGCUCGAGGGUUUCUUUCACUCAUGUCUCUUAAUUAAUCAUAUUUUGUUGUCGUUCGCGUCUUCCUGUUCUUUUUAGGGUUUAGAAUUAAUUUUUAAUUCAGAAUUUUUAUAUAGAUUUUGGUAUUUUCGUUUCGUCUUUCUGGAUUCGUAGUGGAAGAGUUGAAAUAUGGAAAGAUUGGGAGGUGGAGGUGAUACUCAACAACUCGUUGAUCGUCGGGAUCCUAAUCAACAACUUGGUUCGAAUUCCACAGGCGCUGUUGUAUUUGAUGCAUCACAGUAUUCAUUCUUUGGUAAUGAAGUUCUUGAAGAAGUUGAGUUGGGAGGUCUGGAAGAUGAAGAAGAAGACCUUCCAGCAGCUAAACUUGAGGACGAAGAGUAUCAGCUGGAGCAAGAAGAGGUUACGUUUCUGGGCAUGGAUGAUCUUUCCACCACAUUUUCAAAGCUCAACAAAGAUGUCAGGGGGCCAAGUCUUGGAGUUUAUGGUGACCGGGGAUCCAGAGAAAAUUCAUCUGCAGCUGAGUUGGCACAGGGAGGAGAGUUGACCAACUGGUUUGACCAGGAUAAUUUUUAUGCCGAAAAUGCCCAUGAAAGCAACAGAUGGUCAUCAAAUUCUUCAUUUCCACCUCAAGACACAUCAAUGCUUCAUCAAAGAACAUCAAACCAAUAUAUUCAUAGAACAUCAUCGUACCCUGAACAACUCCAACAACAAAACCCUAACCAUCACCUUCUAGAAGAUUCUAAAAAUCUCCACAGAACAUCAUCAUACCCUGAUCAACAACAACAAAACAUCGGUCAACAUUUGACUUUUCCUGACCCGGUUCCCGUUCCCAAAUCUUCCUUCAUUUCAUACCCGCCACCUGUUAACCCGUCUUACCAUGGCGGCCCACCACCAUCUUUCUCCAAUAUAUCAAACCCACAGCUUCAAAUGGGCGGGUUGCCCCACCCAUCUCAUCCGUCACAAUUCGGUUCCAAUCUGGGUCAGUUCCGUCCACCUGCGAACCGGGUCCCGAACCAAUUUCAACCCGAUCUUUCGAACGGAAUGUUUGCUCAUAAAAACGGUUUGAUGCCUCCCCAACAACACAGACUACAUCCUCAAUUCCAAGGACCUUUCGGUCAUUUACCACUAAUGAACCACCACCUCUCUCCUCCCCCACCAGUGAUGAACAACUUUGAACCCUUAGGGUUAGGUGGUCCACGAGACCAAAGGGCUAGACCAGUUUCCAAAAUUAGACCGGGUGGCCCGGGCCCACGAUUCGAUACCGCUGGGUGGCCACAGUUCAAAUCAAAAUACAUGUCAUCAGAUGAAAUCGAAAACAUUCUAAGAAUGCAACUUGCUGCUACACACAGUAAUGACCCGUAUGUAGACGAUUACUACCACCAAGCUAUUCUAGCAAACAAAUCAAGUGGAGCGAAAUUAAGACACCAUUUUUGUCCUACACAAUUACGUGAAUGCGCCCCGAGAACCCGUGCUGCAAACGAACCACACGCGUUUCUUCAAGUCGAUGCGUUGGGUCGGGUCUCGUUUUCCUCGAUCCGUCGCCCGCGCCCGCUUCUCGAAGUCGACCCGCCCAAAUCAUCCACCGGGACCCACGAUCAAAAAGCUUUAGACAAACCGCUAGAACAAGAGCCCAUGCUUGCAGCCAGGGUUACAAUUGAAGACGGGAUUUGUCUUUUACUAGACGUCGAUGACAUCGAUCGGUUUGUACAGUUUAAUCAGCUCCAAGAUGGCGGGGGACAGUUGAAACAAAGGCGACAGGUCCUUCUAGAAGGUUUAGCCACAUCACUACAGUUAGUCGACCCGUUAAAAAACGGAAACACAGUGGAGUUAGCUACAAAGGACGAUUUAGUCUUUUUACGUUUAGUCUCCCUUCCGAAAGGUCGGAAGCUUGUGGAAAGUUUCCUCCGGCAUUUGUCGCCCGGGAGCGAGCUGACACGUGUUGUAUGCAUGGCGAUUUUCCGACAUUUAAGGUUUCUAUUCGGGAGUGGUCCCGCGGAUGAAACGGUGAAGAAACUCGCGAGGACAGUUUCGUCAUUUGUACGCGGGAUGGAGCUUCGGGCGCUUGGCGCGUGUCUUGCGUCGGUCGUGUGUUCGUCUGAGCAUCCGCCGCUCCGCCCGGUUGGCAGUCCAGCUGGCGACGGGGCGUCUGUUGUUUUGAAAUCCGUACUGGAAAGGGCGACGGAGCUUUUGACUGAUCCGAAUUCGGUUAACAAUUGUAGCAUGCAAAACCGCGCGUUUUGGCAGGCGUCUUUCGAUGCGUUUUUCGGGCUGUUGACAAAGUAUUGUUUUAGUAAAUAUGAUACGGUUGUGCAGACGUGGAUGACACAUGGCGGCGGCGGUGGUGGUGGUGGUGGGCCCGGUCCGUCUGACGUGGCGGCGAUAAGUCGGGAAAUGCCGGUUGAGCUUUUGCGUGCGAGUUUGCCUCAUACGAAUGAAAGUCAAAGGAAGGUGUUGUUGGAUUUUGCUCAGCGGUCAAUGCCGGUCAACAACAAUGGGUGAAUGGUGAAUGUUGAUGAAUAAGAAGAGUAGUGGGUGGUACUAUGGUGUUGUGGAUACUGGAUAGAAAAGUAAGUUUGUUUUUGGAAGAAUUGUUAUAUGUUUUUUUUUUUUUUGGUUAUUGUGUUUUUUUAAUGAUGGGACUUAGUUUGUGUACUGUUUUUUUGGGGGGGUGGAUUGAGGAGCUUAUUUUGUGGUCUCUUGGAAUGUCUAAUCCCUUUUGGUAGUAGUUAAUAUGAGGAGGAUUUAGAAAAAAAGGUUAGAAAUAUAUAUAUGAUAUAUGUAUGUGUAUAGGGGGUUUGGGUUCCUUUUGCCAUUGAUAUUGGAGGUGAUGGGAAGAAGGAAUGGACUACCUGGAUUGGUCACUACUUACUAAUGAAUAUGAAAUCCUCUUUUUUGUUUUGUUAGCGAAUGUUUUCCGUUUUUACCCUUG